AUGGAGGCAAUUACUCGUGUUAUAUGUCUGCUAUUGCUACUCGGAAUUGCGGCAGCCCACAAACCCAGUCCCGAUGAGGUGGCCCUGAACGAAAUACUUCAACGCAUGGACAACACCGCCAAUCCCUGCGACGAUUUCCAAAAAUUCUCCAGCGGAAAUAUGAGUUUCGAACCUGAGACCUACAAUUUCAAUGGUUUAGUCAAACGGAAAACCAAUGACAGAAUGCAGAAGGUGUUUGAUCGACUCAAAUAUAGAGUUCUGAAGGACCCAUCCAGUUUGGAGGAGAAGGUGUGGCUUUUCUACAAUACCUGCCUCACAGCUCCAAAGUUCACGCACUCGUGGAAGCACUACAUCGGAUUGGUGCCUCCAGGAAGGGGCCUCACCUGGCCACAUCUUACACCCCCCGGCAGCCUGUGGCCCGAGGGGAAUUUCAAGUGGCUGGAGACUCUGGCUCGGCUGCGACGCUUCGGACUGAACACGCUGCUUAUCGAAAUGAAGGUACAGUUAAGCGGGGACGACAGCGGCGAGUUCAAGGUGCUCAUUGGAAAACAGAAUAUCCACACAAUCGAAACGGAAAAGCAAACCAAGGACCUGCUCAUCACGCUUGGGGUGUCCCGGAAGAGAGCUGGAAUUCUGGCCCGCGACAUUACGGUCCUCGAGAGAAAUAUAAAUGAACUGGCGGAGCUUAAUGAUUACCGAACCAACUUGACCAUAGAAGAGUUCGAGGUAAGAACGGGCUUAUCCCUGGGCAACUACCUUAGCAUCGCUUUCGGCAGCUCUUUCGACUCCAGUUUCGUGGUUGAGACAUCUGAAAUGGCAUAUCUAGAGCGACUGCAGGAUCUAAUGGAUAAAUUCGAAAGUGAAACCGUGGCUAGUUACCUGAUGGUAAGCUUCGUUCGGUAUCUGAGAAGCCUGGAUGGCAGCGGUGCAGAGGGCGAUCCCCGAAAGUGUGCCGCGGCUGUGGCCUUUAACAUGGAAACCGCAAGUGAGCUGCUCUACAAGGACUUCUACUUCAGGCUGGGAAAGCUUCAGCGGUAUAAUGACGAGGUCCAGCGGCUAUUCGACCUCAUCCUGGGCCAACUGAAGAGCAACCGCUUGAACCUAACGUCCGAAGUAGCGCAGUUGACUGUGGGAAAGCUACCGAAUAUUCAGAAUCAGCGACGCUUUGUCAACGACUUCUACUGGAACCUCAACCUGGAAUCUAGUGAGCUGGACUUUGCUGUGAUGCACUUGAAGGUAUUGGAGCACCGCAAUCGAAAGGUCUUGGAGCAACUGGAUGGACAGGUGCCCAAGGACAGGGAAUUUUUACUGCUUUCCAACGAUAAAUAUGCCAAUGGCGACUUGGAACCCUUGGUGUUUAAGAACACCGUUAUCCUUCCCAUUGACAUCCUACAGGAGUCCUUCUUUACGCCCGAAAUGCACGAUGUCUUCAAGGUGAGUCUGCUGGGCUUUAUCCUGACCCGCCAGAUUCUGAAGAGCUUUGUGCCCCACGAACUGUUAGUCAAGGGAUCGAUGAUGAGCUCCUUUGAACCAAAGCUGAAUCACGACGAUCCUAUCGCCUGGCUCAAUAAAACAGACUUGCAUUCGACCGAGGAUCGUGAGCUCGAUGUGAUGGCCCUUAAAACUGUCUACAAUUUGUACUUUAGAGACGACUCCAAGUUCAGCCAGGAACAGCCGAGCUUCACCAAGUUGCCGUUAAGUCAGCUGUUCCUUCUGAACUUUGCCCAAGUUUACUCAGGAGAGGCGGAGCCUAGAGACACCAGGAGGCUCAAUCAGGUGGUGAAAAAUCUGCAAUCUUUUGGUAAGGCCUUCAACUGCCCCACUGAAUCCGUCAGUAAAGAGUGAA